CAAACUGGUAGCAAACAGUUCCAAGUGAGACGCCUAUCGCGUCUCAGCCAAUCUUUGUGAAAAGUUAAUAUCAACCAGUAUUAUUUUAUUGCUUGACAUCGCAUAAACUCAAGAAAAUGACUCGAUUGGUUUGCUUUCUUCUUUGUUACAUUUUUGUAAUAAGCGUUAAUUCCUACCGCCUCCCAACCAGCGUACUACCAACAAAUUACAAACUCCAAAUCCUCUCUCACCUUGGAGGCCCAAACAAAUUUGAUUUCGAAGGAAAAGUAACAAUUCAGCUAACUUGCCAUGAACCAACACAUAAUAUCACUCUACAUGCGAGUAAUCUGACAAUUAUCGAUGACCAAGUAACUGUUGAAGAUGUUUCGAGUUCGAAACCCAAGUCCCUUAAAGUCAAAAUUGUGGAACUAGAUCCUGGGAAUGAGUUUCUCAUUGUUAAUUUAGAAGAGCAACUCCAGAAGGAUCACAAUUAUCAACUUUUCAUCCCUUAUAAAGCUAUCCUCGAUGAUGGGUUAAAAGGUUUUUACAGGAGUAGUUACACUGAUGAGAAAACGAAAGAAAAAAGAUGGCUCGGAGUUACACAAUUUGAAGCAAUCAGUGCCAGAAGGGCAUUCCCUUGUUUUGACGAACCAGGAAUGAAAGCAACUUUCGACAUUACUUUAGGUCGCAGAGCUCACUUAAAUUCAAUCAGCAACAUGCCAUUGAUUGAGUCACAACCAAUUAAGGAGAAGGAGGGUUAUUUUUGGGAUAAAUACCAACCUUCGGUCCCCAUGUCGACCUAUUUGGUUGCAUUCAUGAUCUCCGAUUUCGGAUACAAAAUGUCGGAACCGUCCCAAAAAAAUAACGUGACUUUCAAAAUUUGGGCCAAAAGAGACUCUUUGGAUCAAGUGGAUUAUGCAAGAGAAGUUGGACCUAAAGUUUUGGAAUAUUAUGAGGAUUUCUUUGAUAUUAAAUAUCCUCUCCCCAAACAAGAUAUGGUUGCUAUUCCCGAUUUCAGUGCCGGUGCUAUGGAAAACUGGGGUCUGAUCACUUAUCGUGAAGCUCUUCUACUUUUUGACCCCAAAGUUACUUCUCUGACCAACCAACAACGCAUCGCUAACGUCAUUGCCCACGAAUUGGCCCAUCAAUGGUUCGGCAAUUUGGUCACAAUGAAAUGGUGGACUGACUUAUGGUUAAAUGAAGGUUUUGCCACUUACAUGGCAAGUCGUGCGACUGAACACCUCUAUCCUGAAUGGAAAUCCUUCGAAGACGAUGCUGUUAACAACAUUUUGAGCGUUUUCUCCUUCGAUUCUCUUCGAACUUCGCAUCCGGUGUCGGUCCCAAUAGGACAUCCGAACCAAAUCGAUGAAAUCUUCGAUACGAUUUCCUACAAAAAGGGUUCUUUCUUGAUCCGGAUGAUGUCACUGUUUCUCGGUGACGAAACUUUGAGAAAAGGUGUGAGUAAUUAUUUGAAGAAGCAUAAGUAUGCGAAUGCCGAACAAGACGACCUAUGGGAAUCCCUGACUGAGGAAGCACACAAAAAUGGCGCACUUCCGAAAAACUUGACUGUGAAGACAGUUAUGGAUACUUGGACUGUCCAAACCGGAUAUCCGGUGAUUACUGUUACUAGGGAUUAUAAUAAAAAUACGGCUGAUAUCGCACAAGAAAGAUUUUUGAAAGAUGAAAUUAGGCAAAAGUCGGAAAGUGGUUGUUGGUGGAUUCCACUGACUUACACUGAUGCCAAAGAACAUUCUUUUGAUUCAACUAAACCAAAAAUGUGGUUGUCGUGUGAUCAGAAUGUCACAACAAUUGGGAAUUUGCCGAGUAAAGAUUCAUGGAUUUUGUUCAAUAUGAAACUUGCAGGACUCUACAAAGUUAAUUACGACGAACAUAAUUGGAAAUUAUUAACAGAAACUUUAAACAGUGCAAAUCACCAUGAAAUUCCAGUUUUGAAUAAAGUCCAACUGAUUGAUGAUUCGUUUGAUUUGGGGUGGACCGGCAAUAUUAAAUAUGAUGUUGUUUUUAACUUAUUGGCUUAUCUUAAAUCAGAGGAAGCUUAUUUGCCAUGGAAAACAGCUUUAACUAAUAUUCAUUCUCUGAAUCGGCAAUUGAAGAAAAGCGUAAUUUAUGGCGAUUUCAAGAACUACAUGAAAAAAUUAGUUCAUCCAAUUUACGAGAAAAUUGGAGGACUCAAUGUCCCGGAGACCAAAUCUGGUCAACUCGAUGCUGUUAAACAUCAAGUUUUGAUUGACAAAUGGGCUUGUAAGUUCGAUGUUGCCAAUUGUGUGGCUGAUGCUACUGAUUUAUUCCAUAAAUAUCAGAAAAAUCCAGAAGACAAACAUAUUAUAUCGAAAGAAAUGAGGAGUGUUAUUUUCUGCACAGCUAUCAGAAAUGGAGGAGAGAAAGAAUGGGACUUUUUGUGGCAACAGUACAAAAAAUCCAACGUCGCUUCUGAACAAAACACCAUUUUGAGUGCCUUGGGUUGCACAAGAGAGCUUUGGUUGUUGAAUCGUUUCCUGGAAUGGUCGAUUACUCCAAAUUCGGGUAUCAGGAAACAGGACAGUUCUUCUGUUUUCAGUGCUGUUGCCGGUAAUAAUGUUGGUUAUUACGUGGCCAAACAUUUUUUAAAUACUAGGAUUAAGGAUAUAUACAAUUAUUUGUCACAAAAUGGUCGUAGAUUGUCACGGUAUUUGUCGUCGAUUGCUGCCCAAACAACUGCGGAAAGUGACUACAAAGAGCUGCAAAACUUCGUAAAAGACAACCAGAUGUACCUUAAAGAAAUAAAACACGGCGUGGAGCAAAGUUUGGAGACGGCGAAAUUGAAUGUUCAGUGGCAACAUAAACACUUUGAUGAGAUUUCGAAUUUGUUUAAGAAGUUUUCGCAAGAAAAGACAGAUUGAAAACAAAGAUUUAUUAACUAAUUAACUUUUUUAAAUACAGUUAUCCUACAAAAAAUAUAUUUUAUAAAACAUGUACUUAAGAAAGCAGCUUAAUUUGUUUUAAUUGUUAAUCGAAUGUAUUUUAAAUUAAAGAAAAA